CCGACAUUCAAGAGAGGUUUCAUAAGAAUUGGUGAAAAAAAAUGGACCAUGUCCUACAGAUAUAUCGAGCAAGGAGUCACAGUAUAUAAUGCAAAGCCUCAUCCGGAUGAUACUUGGGUCGUCAGUUAUCCACGAUCAGCUGAGAGCAAUCUAAUGCUAGAAAUACUUUCGUGUAAUACGUGUCUUAUAAUAAAGCCUAUUAUAUGUACGUAUAGCAUGUCCAUAAAUGUCGGAGUGAAUAUCUCGCAACUGUUUGAGGUUACAAGAAAAUUUAAUAAGAGAAAUUUACAUGAUUCUGAGUCAGCUACGAAGUGCACAUAAAAGAAAAACUCCUUUUGGAGUUAUGAAGAUAGUCGUCUGGAGUGUAUAUAUCCACUUUACGAUAGACAAUUUGUACCUUGAGCUAGGUACCACGUUGACAUUGGAACUGGUUUGGUUGGUUGUGAACGACAUGAACUUCGAGGAAGCAAAGAAACAGAGCCUACAUUAUAGAUUUCCAUUUUUCGAACUUGACAUAUUGAUAGGCGAUUACGAAGACAGUGUAUCGAAUCCAUCGGAUAAAAAUAUAAGAUUGAAUCCAGAAUUCAUCGAUAAAUUACCAUCUCCAAAAUUCAUCAAAUCUCAUAUGCCAUUCGAAUUGUUACCUAAUCUUCUGGAUAGCAAUUGCAAGAUCGUUUAUGUAGCACGUAAUCCAAAAGAUGUGGUGGUGUCUUGGUAUUACUUUCUACAAGUUAUUAAGGGAUUAGAAUAUAAGGGAAGUUUCGAGGAAUUCUGCGAAUACUUUAUGAAGGAUUUAACUUAUUACAAUCCCUAUUGGACGCAUUUGAAAGAUGCCUGGGCUGAGAGACAUCGUCCGAACUUACUAUUCAUAUUCUACGAAGAACUAUUAAACGACUUGUCAAGUACUAUCAAAAAGGUGGCAAAAUUCUUUGGAAAAUCUUACAACGAAGAGAUGAUCUCGAAGCUAAUUGAUCAUCUUCAAAUAGAUAAUUUUCGAAAUAAUCCUAUGGUAAAUACAGCCACACCUGAUAACAAAAUAGAGUCAAACAUAUUCGUACGACGAGGCAAAGUCGGAGGUUGGAAAGACAUUUUCACAAAAGAACUCGAAGAAAAAUUCGAUGCUUGGAUCAAAGAGAAUAUGAAGGACACAGAUCUCACAUUUCCAAUAGAUUUCCUUCAAGAAAAGUGAAAAGUUUUUGCAAGCAGAUAAACUCUUUCUUUUUUUCUUUUUUAUCAUUUUUCUAUCGUGGAAAAAAAUUUAUGGAAUUAUCUAAAAUUUAGGGCGUUACCCAAAGCGGAAAUUGAGCUGAGAUCUCGUUCGGUCCGUCCGGAUAUAAUACGAAACAGUUCAAUAAAUCAUUCCGUUCCUCUA